ACAACGCAUCAAUUAUGGUUUGCUUCUUUCACGCGGAAAGUUUAAUUGAUCGUAGAGCUCAGGACAUCUUAAUAGUUUUAUAGAAUCAGGAGCAAGGUCACGACAUGUCUAAAGAGAGGAAAACACCACGAAACAGUCAUGACGAAGAUAAGAUUAAAUCUAAUAUUCCGAGGCCCUCGCAUUGCUUAUGGCGUUCACUCCAUACUCUGUGGGAAUUAUUUGAUACUUACUACCUCGCGAUCGGAAUGAUACUGAUGAUGGCCGUUGGUACUCAGUGGCCGGCAUCAGGCAACUUUCUCUCCAAAAUAUAUUUUUCUCAAAUUUGUCUUGGGGUGUGUUUUCUUCUCUGUGGAUUGCGCACGACAACGGGAGAGCUUCUUACAGCCGUCAAGUCGUACAAAGCAGUCGUCUGGGGAAUUCUUACAAUACUCUUGGUGGUUCCCAUCACAGGAACGCAAAUUACAAAGACUAUACAGUUUGCGACGAUGAGAGAGGAUAAUGUGACCACUUCUCAAUCUACAGUUGUUGGAAAUGUUACUGCAAUUGGUCCCACGGAAUUUGCUUUUGCGCUUCAAGUGUUUUUCACCGUGCCAGCAAGCAUGUCUGGAGGUGCCAUUCUGUCCUUGCUGGCCGGAGGUAACUUUUCCCUUGCGAUCUUACUUAUGGCUAUAACAAACUUUGCUGGAGUGUUUAGUGUGGCGCCUAUGCUAAUCUGGAUGACUGAUCUCAGCAGUGGCGUAAAUGUGAACAGAUUUGGAAAUAUCAUGAUUGUAUUUGCUCUAGUAACUGUACUACCGACCAUUAUCGGCAAGUUGCUGAGAAGUUUCAAUGCUGUUGCUGAAAAAAUCGACUCGUAUAACAGAGGAAUCUACUACACUGUAAUAACGCUAUUCCUUCUCUCUACGUGGCCUGAAGUGAGCAGAGCGCAAGUAGGGGAGAAGUUUAAUAACAUUGUGUCUAUGAAUAUUCUCAUUAUCGUUGGAUACUCCUCUAUCAUGCAUAUCAUGUUUCUGUUGCUCAACUGGAUCGCGGGAGGAUUUCUUGGCCUUGCUCUGCCGGUUAAGAAGACAGUUGUGAUCCUUGGAAGCCACAAGGCAUUGUCGUUUGCUCUUAAGGUGCUCAGGUUCCUGUCGACCGAUGUUGGCUCAAGGAGACUGAUGUCAAUCGUUUGUAUAAUCUCAUAUUUGACGCUUAUUGUCCUCGACUCAAUCAUCGUUUGCAAAUGGGCCACAAUCACGGAGGACGAAAAGGACAAGGAUAAAUCUGCGGCUAGUGCAAAAUAUGGAACGUUACCACAAGACAGCGACUGACGAGUGCGUUAUAAAUUUAGUUUCAUUCGAUUAUUGGAGGAAAAUUGGCUACGAGCUGACAAAUCUUUGUCAACCACGCCCCUUUCUUUGUCUAACAUUUUGGGAAAGCACAAAAAAACUAAGCGAUUAAACUAAACGAUUGACACACAUCGACGAAAUCGUAAAUGAAAAAGGAAAAGUAAAAAAGUAAAAUUUAUGAGGCACUGACUACACUUUAAUUUCUGUGUUAAACAAGCUGAAAGAAUUCACGAAGAUCUACAACCGUGUGUUAGAUCACCCAAUCUAUUGAGGUACCGAAACUGACGGAAUUUUUCGAGUACAUGCGUGCACUGUAUUCAGGUUGAAAAAGAUCCUUGAAAGGUUAUAUAACGACCAUUUGAAAUCACUAUCUUUGACAAUGUUUGGUAAUCAUGGCUUAGCUCUGUUUUUAUCUUUCUCGUGCGCAGUCUUAAUCAGUGGUGGAGUAUGGGUCUCCGCCCCACGCCACAGCACGCAAUAGCGAGCUUCAGGGUAAUUUAGGUGCCACCGCUAUGUAUCAAGAUUCCGUUGCGUCGCCCUAGUUUCUUGCUCAUCCAUUUUUGAAAUUUUCUCAGCUUUUUUGGAUCGCGAUAUUUCAGGGGACCAUUUCCUUAAUCUUGAAGUUCGGGAAGCUUCUCUUUCUAAACAUUCUUCAAUAAAUUGAUACGAAUUCAAUUUUUCGGUAAGUGCACGUGAAUACCUCUUAACAAAAAUUUAACGGACAUGCGAUUUGGCUAGAUUUGUACAUUUUGUUGAUGGGGCUAAAUUUUUAAAUCAAGGAUAAUUUAUUUUGCUAAGGAAAAUCGAUGAAAUAAAGUGAGGUUAAUAUAUAUUUUAUGUUCAUGGCGUAUUGUAUUUUGCUAAUCACACAUAUGUUCUCCACAAGUAAGUAAUUCAGAGAUACUUUGAUCAACAAGUCCGAGAAUUUGUUGAUGAAUCUACGUUUUAGCAGCCUACUAGCAAGCAGGCCCUCAUUAUAAGAGCCUGGGAACGAGCGCUCCUCCACCCGCGGGAAAUCGUGAAACCUUGUGCAACGUGAGCCAGCGAGAGGUCUAUUAAUAAUAAGCACCAACAUUUUAGAGACGCGCACAGCAACCGGAAGUUAAAAGUUCUUAUUCCUGGUGCUCUGUAAACACCCUUUUGGUCAAUACAGUUUGGUUAAAAGUGCUAAAACGAAGACUCUACGGUCGAUACAUUAGCGUUAAGGUGCGCAAGAGUUAGUUUUAUCCUUCUUCCAGUUUUCGUUCGCGAGGUGCCAGACCCGCGGUAUACCUCUUCCCGACUCGUCUCACAUCUUCCCGCGGGCGGAGAAACACGCGAGUCCUGCAGCGAUAAUGAGGGUCUGCUCGCAAGCCGGGGUUUACGAAGAGAAUGGCCACCUGAUCGCAAUUUUUCACUUUACACUGGAGUUCAUUUUUCUUUAAGUUUACUCAUGUUUUGUUACUGCAUGUAAUAUUUCACAUAUUUACAAUGGUGCGACUACACUU